UACAUUUUUUACACUAACAGUGAAUACAGUGAUUUCAUAUUAUUACUUUAACAUAAAAUUGACAUGAAAUCGUUUUGUGAGAGAUGAGCGUCUUCGGGGAUUUUCAGCGUGUGUGGGUGCAACGUUUUCCAGAGAGCACUUUACCAGCCGCUUGGGAAGACGAUGUCAGGGCCAAUUUAGCUAAACAUAAACAGAAAGUAGCUAUCCUUAGGGAAGAGCUAGAGAAAGAAGAAUUCUAUGUCGAGUAUUUGGAGACAUUGCUGUCUGAUGUCGAGAAACAUAAAGCUUCCCAAGGAAGUAGGACGGCGCCGCCCUCAGGGAUUGACACGAAUGACGAUAAAACAUCUGAUAGCAAACAAGAUUCUAACACUGACUCACUCUCAAAGAAAAGUGAAACAAGUCUUAAGAGUGAUGACUCAGCGGAGGCUCCUGACUGUGAAGAGGUACACUUGAGAAACAAACCUGUGAAUUUUGCUGAAAGGAGUUCUGUGAACCAAUGCAUAAACGAACUGUCAUCAAACCUUGCAGCAGAAGCUCGAAAACGGUGCAACAGUGAAAUUGUAAAACGAACUGAUAAUGAUAUAAGUGAUGUAGAAUCAACUAAUAAAACUCAAGCUAAAAACCGUCCAGCAUCACAAGCAGGUGAUUUUGUAACAGUGAUUGAAGUUAAUGGUUUAAAAGCAGUUGAGAAUGCUGCUAAGAAAUUGGAUGAAUCACCACCAUCCUCGGAAAGUAGUUCUACAGAUCCCGCAUCUGCUACUAAGAAGAAAGUGCCACCAAAGCCACCCCCAAAAGUUUUCAACAAACGUGGAGCUUCACUACCAGAAUCAGGCUUGGCCGAAGACAGUCCCCCAUCGUCGCUGGGAAGAAGACUACGAAACGCCGAGUCCCGAGAAUCCAUUGCCAGCAGAGCGUCUACACCUUCAAUUAGUGAAAGGGUAAAAAGCUACGAGUCAAUCAACUCAUUGUCUUCGGAACGCAAGCGGUCCGGCGGCGCGGCCACGCCCCUCUCCAUCGACGAGGAGGCCACGUCCUGCACGCCCGACCCGCCCGACGCCUCCGACGACAAGUCGGCGCCGAUAUCGCUAGAGAGCAUUCCCGCCGUCGUGCGCUCCGCCGAGGACGAACCCUACUACGACCAAGUCCCGGUGGACAUCAACGAUGGAGAAUACGUUUAUAUACAAGCAGAAGGCAGGGACCGUUUCCGGGCGCUGUCGGACUGGGGCGUGGUGCCGGCGGGCGCGGGGUCGGAGGACAGCUCGAGCGCGGGCACGCUGCCGCCCGCCGCGUCCGCGCCGCCCGCGCCCGACUCGCCGCUCUGCGCCACCGCGCCCAACUACGUCAACAUACACUACUUCAUACAACAAGCUGGCGAGGGUACCGAACCGAGCGAGACGAGCUCCGAGCUGGCAGACUCCAGCGACACCCCGCUCCUGCUGCGAACCAUUUCAUCGGACACGGAGGCCAGCGCUACGCCGCCGGUUUUAAGAAAACUUCAACAUCAGGAGUCUAACAUCAGCAGUAAUGCAGAGGCCGAGCGUCUCACGAUGCACCGUUGCAUUGUCACAAGUAUCAUAGAAAGCGAGACUGUGUAUGUGGAAUGCCUCUAUGUAAUGGAGAAGUACAUGAACGCUAUAAAAGCCACACUAUCGACGUCUCAACCUGUCAUAACAGAGGAAAAAUUCGGUACGAUAUUCUAUAAAAUAUCGGAGUUGCACGACUUGCACAAGAGUUUCCUUGAAGGCCUAAAAAAUGCUGUCGCCAGUUGGGAAGAACCAUUAUCUGUAGGAAUCCAUUUUAAAAAAAUGGCUGAAAAUAUAAACGUAUAUGGGGCGUUCCUCCACAACUACGGGCGCGCGACGGACGCCGUGCGACGGCGAUGCGCGACCUCGCAGCGCUUCGCCGACCUCACGCGGCAGAUCACGUGUCGCGGACAGCCGAUGUCGCUCGAUGAUCUCCUGCAUAAGCCUGUAGCUCGUGUGCAGAAGAACGCACUAGUUUUACACGAUCUUAUUAAGUACACACCGGCGAGUCACCCCGAUCAUGCGAUGUUAACCGAGGCAUUGAAUAUGACGCAGCAUUUCUUAGACGAAUUCAAUAUUAUACAAACUAAGUCCAUGUUUCCGAACGCAGACAGAGCACAGCGGAGACUCGUAAAAAAUUCUUUUAUCGUCGAACUGUCAGAUGGGCAUCGAAAAUUGAGACAUCUAUUUCUUUUCAACGACGUUAUCGCCUGCGCUAAAUACAAGGCUUCCGGAAGAGAUAAAUUCACUUUCGAGCUGAAGUGGUUCAUUCCGCUGCCGGACAUCGUGGUGGUGGAGGACGAGGGCGCGGGCGGCGCGGCCGAGCGCGAGGCGUCGCCCGCCAACAUCGUGGCGCUCAAGUCGCAGGCCUGCACCGUGCGCGACAUCAUCCUGGCCGAGGAGCGCGCCACGCAGGACGACAAGAAAAUACGUCUGGGAGGUCGCGGUGCGGCGGAAAAACAACGGAAAAAACUUUCGGAGCUCGAAGGACAGCUCGUUCUGGCGUCUCCGAACCUGGUGUUCCGAGUGGGCGCCCGGGCGCCGGGCUCCACGACGCUGCAGCGGCAACACAUAUUCUUCCUCAGCUCGGAAUAUGAACGCACGCAGUGGAUUGAUUCCAUUCAUGCCCUACAGGCAUCGUCUGCACCUCCCGCCGGCACCAGUACUGUAUCAAUGUUAGAACUUCAAGGAUGGGUGACGGCAUGUCGCAGCUACCUGCAGACAGACAUGGGCUCCUACCUCCUUCGGAGCGGUAGAGAUGACUCUUUGCUGCUAGGGGACUUGCAACUACAUAUAGGAGGCAUGACUGCACCUUUGGAUACUUCAGCUGACUAUUACAUCGUGGUGGAGGUGGAUUCGUAUGGGCACUACUUCCGCAAGGCGAAGUCUAAGCUGGUGUGUCGCAGUGCGCAGCCACGCUGGAACGAGAGCUUCACGCUCGACCUCGAGGGCUCGCAGAACUUACGGCUGCUGCUCUACGAGGAUGCCGCUCGUCCGGUUCUCCGGGGGAAGUGUACGCUUAAGCUGUCCCGCGAGUGGGUGGGCGAGAGCGUGUCGCGCACGGUGUGCGUGGGCGGCGGCUCGCUGCCGCUGCGCGUGCGCUUGUUGCCGCCCGAGCGCUCCGCGCGACACGUGCCCAGCGCCAAGCCCGGCGCGCUCUUCGGCGCCAAAAUCACGCACGUCGCCAAACGUGAAAAACGGAACAUCCCUUUCAUUAUAAGCGCGUGCGUGCGCGAGGUGGAGCGCCGCGGCAUCGGCGAGGUGGGCAUCUACCGCGUAUCCGGCAGCGCCUCCGACCUCAACCGGCUCAAGAAGAGCUUCGAAACUAAUGCAUACGAAGCUGAACAGUUAUUAAAAGAGGUUGACGUACACUCUGUGACUGGAGUAUUGAAGCUGUACUUACGUGAAUUGCCGGAGGCAUUGUUUACUGACGCUUUAUAUCCAGAAUUGUUACGGGCUUGGGGAUCAACACAGGGUGCUGGGGCCUCUACAGAUUCAGGGCCGGCACACACGAGGCGCCACGCACUACUCAAAUGUUAUGCACAACUUCCAGACCUCAAUAAGAAUUGUAUUGAUUUUCUCCUUAAUCAUUUUGUCAAAGUUAAUCAGCACGAAGGCGAGAACAAGAUGUCUCUGCACAACCUGGCUACCGUAUUCGGGCCGACGCUGUUGCGGCCGAGCGCGGCGGGCGGCAAGCUGCGCGCAGACCAGCUGGCGGCCGGCACCGUGGAUGCCAUGGCGCAGGCCGGCAUCCUCUACACGCUGCUGCAACAACGACACCUCGCGCAGCACCUGUCCGCGCACCGCCCGCACGCCAACCCGCCGCCGUUACUCGAUUGAACUUCAUAUUGAGUCACCUUAUCUGUUAUACCAUCGACCUAAUUAUUUUUAAAUUUAAAAUCUGCGUCGCAAUAAUUGUUUUAGUUUGAAUGGGAAAACCGGUAAUGUGUAUCUCGCAGUCAACUGGUUUAGUUAGAUUUUCAAUCAUCAGUCUAAGCAUUUUAUUAAACGCCGCCGUUCAAUCAGAACAAAGCAACACAGCAAAAAGUUUAGGAUGUUAAUUCAAUGGCCAAUUAAGCUACUUGCCCGCGGCAUACUUCACAUUCUAAGCUGACACAAACUCGAUAUUCACAAAUCUGAAUUUUCAUGCUGAGAUUAAAUAAAGAGCAAAAUAAACAUGUAUUAUAAAUAAUUUCUUGCACCAUAAGAGAUUGAUAAACUAAUAAGAUAAUUCAGUUAAAAGAUGGAUUAUAUUCAAAACCACUGCCGACAGUAUUAGGAAACAAAAACUUUACUUCUGCAGUCAACAAAAAAUGUUGUUGAAAAACAUUUUUUUUAAUGUUGUUUCUAACAGGUUUUAUUAGUAUGAAUUAAAUCAAAUCUUAGGAAAACAUGUUUAAAAUACCUUUGCUUUUUGUUUUUUAAACACUUUAGAUUAUGUACAUUAGCUUUACACUAUCAAGUACGUUUUAUCUAAGCAAUAGCUCAAAAUAAAUAUUUCAAUGCCAUACUUAAUAUUUUGAAUUCUACCCGAUUCAAAGAUGAUAAAAAUGAUAGUUGUGUAAAUCUUAAGUCACUAAAAUUUAUUAACUAGUAUUAUUAUUAUCAUAUUAAAACUUCACUUGUCAUCACAAAUUCCGAGUGGCCACUCUCGUUUAUAUUCAGAAUAAUUUAUGGCACGAAAUGUAUGUGAAAUAAUAUCACAAAAUGCACUUCCUGACCUGACUGGGUGUUUUUUGUAAUCCAUUCAUUCAAGAAUUGAUUCUAUCGACGCUAAUUAUAUAAGAACACCAUAAAUAACGAAAUAAGUAUUGAUAGUCAUAUUAUAAGAAAAAGUUCGACUAUGUCGUAAUAAAUUAUUACAUUUAGAGUUAUUUUACAAGUGCUAGUGACAAGGUAUAGAAAAAUCAAUCUUACAUAUAGAUACAACUAAGUAUAUUUGUAUUUCUAUAUUAUAUUUUGCAUGCUUUUAUAUUGCAAUCGUUGUUAAAACAUUCCAUAAAACGAAACAGACUGAAUGUAGUAAUAUCUUUUAGAGUGUAUUUUGCACAAAAUCUAGAUACUGGGAAGUAGGUAACUAGGUUUCCUGAAUCAAUGAUUCGUAACAUGUGUAAAAUAAAAUUAUUGCAUCUAAAUUAAAAAGAAUGUCAUAAAAAAAAGUGUGUAUUAUUUAUUUUAAUUCUUAAAAUGUUUUUUUCAUCAAUAACUAAGAACAUACAAAAUUAUUUAUAAUUAUAGUUUUUUUAAGUUAUUAAGUGAAUAGCUAUAUUACUAUUAUAUUAGUUACCUACUUCUUACAUCGCUGUAUUAUGUACACACUAUGUACAAGUAAAUGAUCCCUAAUGUUGGUAGUCAUUGUUAUUGUGUAAGCAUCUUAUUUGCAUUUCAAUAAGUAUUUAAAGGGACCGAAAAUGUAAAAAAAAAUUUAGCUUAAUACAAUGGACUGAUAAUAAUAACUUUGUAAGUUUAUUUUUUUUUCAAAAAUCUUUUGUAAAAAAGAAUAAAAUUAAUUCCUGGAUCAACCAUAACAAACUUAAUUCCAUAUUACAGCAUUUUCAUUACUAGUCGUGCAUAUUAUAGUAUUAUGUUCACUUAAUGAAUCGAUAAAAUUGUAAAAACAAGAUAUUGCCUCAGCAUAUUAUUCCGAUAGCAUAACAUUCUUAUAUGUUAUUUGCAAGUAGUUUUUAUGAUGUUAAAUUAGUACUUAAUAUAUGACAAGCUACCAAAAACGAAAAUUUUAGAACAAAGUUAUGUUUCGUUUAUAGUUUCUAUAGAUUUUGUUGAUAACCAUUAACAUUAUUAAUGAUUCUUUUAUAUUGUUGAGUAAUAUAUUUGUCCCUUAGUUUAGUUAUUUUUUCUAUGUACCAAGACUCUCUCACCAAAGAUUCCAAACAAGCAAGUAGCCAGCUUAACUAGCAAGCUUUUGAUUUUAUUCUUAAAAUUCUUACAUUUUUCUGAAACAUUCGUUGGUUUUAUAUCAUGUAUUAUUUAGGUUAGAAUGAAAUUGUUUUAUAUAUUUUAUAAGUAUAUUUUAUUAUAAAUACUGGUUCAAUUAAUGCUUGACUAUGUGGUCCAACUUUGUUUAUUCUCUCUAAAGAGUAUUAAUUAUUUUGGUGAAUCUUAAAACCAUAUGUAUGCCACAGCAAUACCAUUUUUCCUUAAAUUAUUAAGGAAAUAAUAUGUUUACAUACCUUCCAAUUCUCCAAUAUUUAGAUAUCUUUAAAUGUAUGCCCAAGUACCUUAGUGUUUAUUCAAUAAGUUUGUUUUAGAAAAAACAAGAUAAAAAGACAUUAAGAUAUUAAAGCAAAAGCAAAUAUGUACUAAUCAAACAGUAAAUAUUGGAACCAAUUUACGUAAAUAAUAAAUAAACAUUGGCACUAUUGCUGUAGGGUGUGAUGCUUUUUAUAUACAUACUUAUAUGUAAUUUAAAUGUUUAAGGGACAUCACAAAGAUUUCGUAAUAGAAAACAUUUUUCUUGUACUUUUUUAAUAAUUUCUUUAUAGCUUACCACUUACAUUUAA